CGUACGGCAAGAACCGGAGCAGCACCAUGUCCGCAACACUAAAGCCUUAUCUGACGGCGGUCCGUCACACCCUAACUGCGGCGAUGUGUUUGAGCAAUUUUUCCUCCCAAGUCGUCGAACGGCACAACAAACCGGAAGUGGAGGUACGCAGCAGCAAGGAGCUCCUGCUAACACCGGUCGUGAUAUCGCGAAACGAGAAGGAGCGCGUCCUGAUAGAAACGAGUGUCAAUUCGGUGCGCAUCAGCAUCGCCGUCAAGCAGGCGGAUGAGAUCGAGAAAAUCCUUUGCCACAAGUUCACCCGAUUCAUGAUGAUGCGCGCGGAAAGCUUCAUCAUCCUGCGACGGAAGCCGAUCGACGGAUACGACAUCAGUUUUCUCAUCACCAACUUCCACACCGAACAGAUGUACAAGCACAAACUGGUGGACUUUGUCAUCCACUUCAUGGAGGAGAUCGAUAAGGAGAUCAGUGAGAUGAAGCUAGCCGUCAAUGCCCGUGCGCGAAUCUGCUCCGAAGAGUUCCUGAAGCGAUUCUAAUCGUCCUUAGCCUCUGGCGGCUACAUUCCUGCUCGCUGUGCAAUCCUCCCUUUAUCUCUCUUGUCCCCUUUUUCCAAGUUGUUCUAAUGUUCCAGAGCAUUUUUAGUUUCGCCGCAGACUAGCCAAACGUAUUUAGAAGAAGCGAUAGCGAAACGUAGUAUAAGCGAAAACGUGUAUUAGUCCAUUCGGAUCGUAUCGAGCUGUAUUACAAGGAGAUCCCCGCGAGUCGGAAACAUCCAUCGAGACAGACGCGUCAGUCAUUGGGUUCAUGAUUUUAUCUACCACAGAAAUUCAUUCGAUAAAACACAGUUGUGAAGAGACGGAAAUAUAAGGUUUAUAACACAAAAACUUAUGCACACCAGCGGCUUUGGGAGGAUCAGUUGUUCUCGUUUCUAUUUGGGAUUUUUCUUCAGAUUGCAUCCUGCGCCUUGGAAUUUGCUAACUUGAGGCUUGCUGUCUUCCGGUUUUGGCUCGUUCUGCUCCGUUUUCCUCACAC